AUGUGUGUGUGUUUCCGUAACCAUAUUUGCCUGUAACUUUGUGAGCACAACUUUCUGGAGUGAACAGUGAUGAGGAGAGUGAGGGGGCGGAACCCCGCUGAGCCUCUGCGCUGAAAGACAGCCAAUCGCUUCGUUCCCUUAACUGCCAGUCACCGAAAUCUGUCCAAUACCCGCAGUGCCAUUUCUAAACUCUAUUCCCCACUGUGUCCUCCAACUGUUGUAUGUUCUGCCAAUCGCUUGAGGACAGAGUCGGAAAAGGAGCAAGCAGAGUUAGAGGCAGGACAAAGGAAGUUCUAUAGACGGCCAUAUACAUAUAUUUUAAUGGUUUCAGAAGGCCCGUAGUUGGCGAAAACAAUAGUGGUGAGCGUGGACAUGACAUCGUAGUGAUGGAGCCCCCUUUAAGCAAGAGGAAUUCGGCGAUAAGAUUAGCGGAUUUGGCAUCGACUCAAGCCCUUCCUCAUCAGAAUAUGACAGGCUUCCCGGGGAUAGGGGGGCAUCACCCGCACUCCCACCAUGCCCACCUCCACCCUGGGGAGAUGGGCAACGACCCCGGAGUGGCUCUCACUCCAUUUGGACCAGAGCACAUGGCACAGACCAAUGCUCUCAAACUUAGUCCCUCUCAGCCUUUACAAAGCCAUCUCGAAGCCCAGACCGCGGCAUCUUUCACCUCUUCUCAGACCACAGUUGGUUUCCCCGUGGCUCACCCCCACACAGGCUACACCACCAACAGGGACUUCAUCCUCAGGAGAGAGCUUUCAGCCUCUACUAUGCAUGCACUUGGCGACCAGCAUAGUUCCGCCUCCUCCCCUCAUCACCAUGGCAUGUUCAUUUCCCCAACAGGUGCUUAUGGGCACGCGGAAGGUGGUGCCCAUCCACUUUUCUCUGGACUGCACGAGCAAGCGGCCCCAGGUGCCCACCACCACCACCACCAUCACCAUGCCCUUAACGGGCAGAUGCGUCUGGGUCUACCGGGGGACAUCUACGGCAGGCCAGAUCACUUCGGCCACAGGCCUGAACACUAUGGAUCUUCUUCUCUGCAAAGCUACAACUCCAUGAACUUAAAUGUGAACCUUGCCACGGCUCCUCACGGAGCCACAGGGGCGUUUUUGCGAUACAUGCGGCAGCCCAUCAAGCAAGAGCUCAUCUGCAAGUGGAUUGACCAGGAGCAGACGUCCAAGAAGCCCUGCUCCAAAACUUUCAGCACCAUGCACGAGCUCGUCAACCAUGUCACGGUGGAGCAUGUCGGGGGACCGGAGCAGAGCAGUCACGUCUGCUUCUGGGAAGAGUGUCCACGAGAGGGAAAGGCUUUUAAAGCCAAGUACAAACUAAUCAAUCACAUCCGCGUGCACACGGGCGAGAAGCCGUUCCCGUGCCCCUUUCCCGGUUGUGGCAAAGUAUUCGCGCGUUCGGAAAAUCUCAAGAUUCACAAGAGGACGCACACAGGUGAGAAGCCGUUCAAAUGUGAGUUUGAUGGUUGUGACAGGAAAUUCGCCAACAGCAGUGACAGGAAGAAGCACUCUCACGUCCACACUAGCGAUAAACCUUACUUCUGUAAAGUGAGGGGUUGUGACAAGUCGUACACACACCCGAGUUCCCUGCGCAAACACAUGAAGGUUCACUGCAAGUCUCCUCCGCCCCCUUCCGCCAACACGGGCUCCUCUUACCACCCCUCGUCCACGACGAUCGGUGAUGCCCUCUCACCAAACCUGGAGCCCCACAGGAACCGUUCAUCGAACCUUUCGCCUCAGGUGACCAACCUAAACGAAUGGUACGUGUGCCAAGGGAGUGCUGGACCAAACAAUCUUCACACCCCUUCCAGCGAUGUGCCAACGUCAGAAUCCGAUGACGAGGACACUUUCAGACACACAGAUCCCAGAUUAAUGCUCUGAUGUGAACAGGAAGGAAUAUAUUCAUUAUAAAUGUUGAAAAAUGGUGCACAAAUUCAAGAGUUGCAAUUCGAAGAAGUGGAACACUAUGGAUGUCAGUGGGUGAAAGAGAUUGUUCCCCCCAGUUUGCCCUUAAAACAUGCUCAGAGCAUUGAUGCAAUUUAUAAUAAAUCCCCUUCAGUAACUUUCAGCAUGAAAUAUCAGACAUGGAAAAAUCGAUUUAUACCUUUUUUUUUUUUUACCUGAUCAAUCAAAUCAAAUAACAAACAACUCGAACUCAAAAGAUUUAUCAAUUGUUUUAGCCUUUAUAUAUAUAUAUAUAUAUAUAUAUAUAUAUAUAUAUAUAUAUAUAUAUAUAUAUAUUACACCCCUUUGUUGCACAGAAAUCCUUCAUAGAGAAUCGUUUUACACUUUGACAAUAAUUUUAAGUUUUUACUUGUAUAUUGUCAGUGUCAAAAAAAAUGAAUGGGUGGAGUCUUUGUUAAAGUUUAUACAAUAACUGUGGUAAGCACGGUUUUUGUGAUAUUUAAAAUAUUUAAAUGCCUAUAUUUUAUGCAAAAUCAAUGCUAUUCUGAUUAAAGAGUACGAAAUAUGUCCCUUGAGACACUAAAUAAUGUGUCAUUGACAGGCCUAUCCCAUGAUUGAUUUGUAAAUAGUAUAUGGUAUUGAUGCUUGUGAAUGUUUUCGUAGGUUGAACAAGUUUUGUACAUUGUAAUUUAUUUGCUCGUAUUAAUGUUGGUCUGGAAGUACAGAUACACCAAAGAAUAAUAUAAUGUUGGUGAAAAGAAGUUAUGCUUUUUAUAGUGUCCUGUAAAAAGACUUACUUGAAUAGGCUGUAUAAUGUGAAGAAUCUUUCGCAUGGACCGUGUAGUAACUCCUUCUGUUGAGGUGCAUGAUGGUGUUGAUGGUUAAAAAAAAAAAAAAACAAUUAAAACCUAAGAAGGUCGUGAAGAAAUGUGAUGUUUGUGUAUAGAUAUAUGGAAAACUUGAAUAAAUGGCAGGACGUGUAAAUAUGGUGUUUUCAGUAAAAAGAAGCCAUUGUUUCAUUA